AUGUCAUCGGAAAUGUUGCGCGUAGACAAUCUGCGACAAAGGUUGUUCUGUAAUUCCGUGUUGGACACGAAAAGGGAAAGCCGGUGUCCCGUGUGCAACGCCAUGUUUUCGACCACUUACAGUAUGCGUCUGCACUUGCAGACCGUCCACAUGGACUUAAAACCACAAAACCUGACCGCCAAAACGUUUUACCGCGAAUUCAAUAACAACAAUAGCAUAAAUAACAACAACAAUAACAGCAGUAAUAACAACAACAACAACAACAACAGCUCGGCAUUCGCCGCAAAGUCCCCGGCGAAAACGACGUCGUUCAACAACAGCCCGGAACUCUCUCACGUCACACCCGUCAAAUCUUCGUACAACGGUGACUCGACGUGCAGCACGGACUUUAGCGAUGGAUAUCCGUCGGACAAGGAUUCAUAUUUUGGAGGCUCGCCCAAGGACGAAAUUCCUCUGUCCGUGGCCGGUGGCGGUUUUAUGUUGCACUCGUCGGCCAACAAGAGGAGCAGCAACGGUCACAUGAAGGCCAAGCGCACGUACGCGUGCAGGCUGUGCUCGACCGUAUUCGGCAACCUGCGGGCGCUCAAGGGCCACAACUCGUCCAGCCACAACAAGUCCACCAACGGCAUGUACGCGUGCAAUAUAUGUGAGUUUGCCAGCACUGAAAAGGCGUCGCUUAACCACCACAUGAAAGGCCACACGGGCGAGACGCCGUACGUGUGUAAAAAGUGUUCGUACGCGUUCACCACAAAGGCCAACUGCGAACGGCACCUGCGCACCAUACACAAGGCAUCAAACGCCGAGGUAAAGGCGUCGAUACUUUUCAAGAACGAGGAUAAACCGGCUGGGUCAGCACAGUCGACCAACGACGAGGCAACCGCCGACAAGAGCGAAGAACUGUACCAUCACCUGCGUUUGCAGCAUCACAACCAAACGACGACGGACUAUUCCCAGUAUGAAUCGUCCGGGCAAAAGAGCUCGGAGGACGACGAGGAUGAGUACGACGAGCCGCUGGACCUGAGUAUGAAGCGUUUCAAACAGGACUUGGACUGCGAGCCGCAAGAUUUGUCCAUCAACGGCAAGAGGUCGUCGUCUUCGUCGUCCGCCACUGCCGUCGCCGCCGGUGAUCACACUGACGAGGAGGACGUUAAACCGACCGCGACAAUGGCGUUCCGUGAGCAAUUUGUGCCACACGCCCCGCCCAGCUUCAUGGACCUGUCGUUACCCACGCCUUUGCAUGCAUAUUUCCUUAACGAGCACCGCAUGUUCUUUAACGGAAUGUACCCGGCCGCGGAACGCAUGCUACCAAUACCACUCACCGUCGACAUGAUCCGUGCAAUGCGGCAGAUGAACGAACCAGUGGUCGUCCCAGCUCAAGAGCUGGCAGACCCCGUCGUUCCACCAAAGCCAGAGACACCCGAGCCCGCAGCCGUGCCGCCUCCGCCACCGGCACCACAGUCCGUGGACGUUGCGCAAAAACCAAAGGACAGCAAUGGGUUGCGGUUGGUGAUGAAAAACGGUAUUCUAGUGCCUAAACAGAGAAGGUUUAGGACGGACAGGCCACAUGUCUGCGAGACGUGCAAACGGGCGUUCACGUUGAAGUCAAACCGCGACCGGCACGUCAAAAACCAACACCCGACCGAUUGGCACAAGAAACCCCGGUCGUUGUCGUCCAAGUCAGAACCGCAGUUCUCGACCGUCAAACAAGAACAGCAGGACACGUCGCCGAUAUCGGAUCAAGUGAAAAUGGCGUUAUCGCUGAAAUGCCGGCCGUCAGAACAGCUGCUGAGGACCGAAGACGAAGUGGAUGAGGAUGAAGAAGAUGACGACGUAGUGGAGGAAGAGGACAAACUCGUCAUAGUAGAAGAUGGCGUAGAGCACAAGUCCGCCGGAGUCAAGGAAAACUGCACCGAAGUCAAAGAGGAGUCCGCCGAUCUGGUCAGUGUGUCCAGAUUGCUGGACAACGCUUCACAUCAGACAUUUCCGCAGUUCACCAGAUCUGACGAGGACCACAACGAGGUAACGAGCAGUGAAGAAGAGCACAGCGAGGCUGCCAGCUAUUCCGAAAACGACGGUUCUAGUAUCAAUGCCGUCAACAACAACAUCGAUAUCAAUUUUAACACGGACAAGGACGAAAACCGGGAAAAGCGGAAGAAGGUCAGUGCGUACGCGGCCGCGCCCAACAGAGUGCUGUGCCCGUUUUGUUACCUGUCGUUCCCGUGGACUUCAUCACUGAAACGGCAUAUCCGCACGCACACGGGUGAAAAGCCGUACCAGUGCAAACACUGUCCGCUGUCGUUCUCGACCAAGUCAAAUCGCGACCGACACAUCCUGCGCCUGCACUGCACGCCACCCAGCAAGUCAGCCGCGUCGUCCGACAACGAGACGACCGCCGCGGCGCCGACUGACGCUAAGAACGCGUAUAAGUGCACGUCGUGCCCGAACGUGACGUUUUCCAAGCGCAAAAACCUGAUCAGCCACAUAAAUCGGGUGCACUUCGACAAAAGCGGCGGUGGCGCCGCCGCGGGAGAGGAUGACGAACGAGCCGGUGACGGUACCGAGGACGACGGUGGCGAGUCGGAACGUGACUUCUCGAUGGCCAUGUUCAACGGAUGGUGCGGCAACAAUGCGGCCCCGGUAACCACCACGGCCAACACCACCACGCAGUCAGCAGCCGCCGCCGCCUCCACCAUCACCCCGUCCAACACGGUCACCGGAUCUGAACCUUGUUUCAAGUGUCAUCUGUGCGAUAGCAGCUACCUUGACAGGCAGGGCGCUCUGGAUCACAUCCGGAUCGACCACGCCGAGUGUUACGAGAUACUGGUAUCGCAGGGGGCCAUGGACAACGACCAUGACUCGUCUGCCGUCAAACAAGACGAUGUGGAAAACAGAAAGGUCCUGUGCGCGUUUUGCCUGCACCGUUUCUACUCGGCCGAGGACCUGCGCCGUCACAUGCGCACCCACACCAAGGAACAGCCGUUCGCGUGCCUGUCGUGCAAGCGUCGGUUCACGCUCAAGCACAGCAUGGUCCGGCACAUAGCCAAAAAGCACGGCGGCUGUCAAGACCAGCAGUACGGGGGCGGCGGCGGCGCUGGAGGCGGUAGCGACCACGAACGGAGGUCGGCCAGUCCUCCGAGCACCCCUCCGCCGACGGGACCGGUCACCGGUUACGAGGACUGUUGUGGCAACCGGACGGACACGGGCCUGAUCGGCACGCUGCUCGGCAUCCGAGACAGCACUGUCAUCGACCAGGUGUUGCAGACGAAGUCGCCCGAAGACGCUGCCAAAAUGUUGGGAAUCAAAAGCAGCAGCGACUAG